AUGAAUGGUUUAGAUUAUUGGCAUGAUGAUAUGGAACUGGAAAAUGGGGUAGGUUGCAAGGGCUGUGUUGAGAACGGUUUUGAGAAGGAACCUGAGACUGUAGUCAUUCAGGAGGCUGUGAAAGUGCUUUUGCAGGGUUUGGGUGAGGAUUUCAAUCGUGAAGGUUUGAAAAAGACCCCUCUUCGUGUGGCGAAGGCCCUUAUAGAAGGGACGAGAGGGUAUAAGCUGCAAGUGAAGGACAUUAUCAGUGGUGCUUUAUUCCCCGAGGCAGGGUUAGAAUGCAAAGUGGGCCAAGCUGGCGGGACGGGAGGGCUCGUAAUCGUCCGAGACCUCGACCUAUUUUCGUACUGCGAGUCUUGCUUGCUCCCUUUCCAAGUCAAAUGCCACGUGGGCUAUGUCCCGUCCGGUCAGCGUGUUGUGGGCCUAAGCAAACUCUCCCGAGUCUCUGAGGUUUUCGCAAAACGCCUCCAAGAUCCACAGCGUUUGGCCGACGAGAUUUGUUUCGCUUUGCAAAACAGCUUUCGACCGAAUGGGGUUGCCGUAAUUUUGCAGUGCACGCACAUUCAUUAUCCAAAUUUCGGGUCGGAUAUAUUUGGCGCCACCUGUGAGGGCCACGUCAAGACCAUCGUUAGGUCGGGCUCGGGGGCAUUCGAUGAUGACAUGGCGGAUACAUGGUCGGAUUUCCUCGGACUUUUGAGAUUCCGAGGAAUAAAUGCCAAGGAUGUCCGGUCGGGAGGAGGCUUGGGUUCCAAAUCUUGGUGCCCGUCUCAUGUUUUUUGCAAAAAUGGUCCCUCCAAUUUGGAGAUGGUUCGUUCGGUGAAUUCGAUAAUUAUAUCUCUAGGCGAGAACCCGUCGAGGGAAGGGCUUAUCGGGACCCCGGCCCGUUUCGUGAGGUGGCUGAUGAAUUUUCGAAAUGCCGACUUGGAUUUGAGGCUAAACAAUAACGGAUACUCUUUGAUCAUCCCAAAGGAAGAGGAGAAAACCCUUUGCUUCGAGACGAACUUGCCGUUUUGUUCGCAAUGCGAGCACCAUUUGCUUCCCUUUCACGGUGUGGUGCACGUGGGAUACUAUGGGGCGAACCUUAUGGGAAAAUCCCUCCUUCAGUCUGUGGUGCAUUUUUACGGUUUCAAGCUCCAGGUGCAAGAGAGGCUGACUAGGCAGAUAGCCGAGACAGCCUCGUCUUUUCUAGGGGAAGAUGUGAUGGUGGUGGUUGAAGCAAGUCAUACUUGUAUGAUUUCACGAGGGAUCGAGAAGUUUGGAAGCAAUACGGCCACAAUUGCAGUUUUGGGUCAAUUCUUAAACGAUGCCUCGGAAAGGGCAAAAUUUUUGCAGAUUAUUACGAAUUCUUGUUCCGGUGGCUGCUGA